GCCAAACAGGAAAUCAGUUCCAGAUUCACCUCUAGCCUACCAGCCUACCAUGUCUGAACCAGGUUCUGGUUGUGGUGUUCCAGCCCAGAGAAGCUCACAGCAGGGUCGAGAGAUGCUGUCAGUGAAGCUGGGGGACUGCAGUCAAACAGUGGAACUCAAUGUGAUUGUCAAAGAGGAGGAGGAGGAGAGAGAAAUCAAUGAGGGGGAGGGGGAAGAGCGAGAGGAGGACAGGGACUCUGUUGACUCAGGAGAGAUCCCCAACCCAGACUCAGUCAAGGAGCCCAGUUCCACAGCAUCAAGACUACCUGGACAUGGGAGUUAUUCGUGCCCUCAAUGUGAGAAGAGUUUCAGUUCCUCAACUAUUCUAAAGAAUCAUCAAAGAGUACACACUGGAGAAAAACCUUUCCUCUGCUCUGCAUGUGGGAAGAGUUUCAGUGAGAAAGUAAACCUUAAGAGACACGAGAGAGUACAUAGUGGAGAGAAGCCUUACCACUGCACCCAAUGUGGGAAGAGCUUCAAUCAUUCUGGAAGCCUUAAGGAACACCAGAGAAUUCAUACAGGGGAGAAACCUUACCACUGUGUUCUUUGUAGGAAGCAUUUCAGUCAGCCAGGAAGCCUUAAGAAACACCAGAGAAUACAUACAGGGGAGAAGCCUUACCACUGCUCACAGUGUGGAAAGAAUUUCCGUUUCGCAGGAGACCUAAAGAGUCACCAGAGAUCACACAGUGGAGAGAAGCCUUACCACUGUUCUCAGUGUGGCGAGGGAUUCACUCAGCUCAGGCGUCUUAAACGUCAUCAGAGGAUACACAUUGGAGUGAAGCCUGUCUGUGUUUUAAAUGUGAUUGUCAAAGAGGAGGAGGUUGAGAGGGAAAUCAAAGAGGAGGAAAAGCGAGAAGUUGAGGAGGACAAUAGUGGUGUAGUUGACCCAGAUACAUCAACAUUACCUGGUUGUAGUCUUUACCCUUGCCAUCAAUGUGGGAAGAGUUUCCGUUCCUCAAGUAAUCUACAGAAUCAUCAGAAAGUACACACUGGAGAAAAGCCUUACCACUGCUCUGAGUGUGGGGAGGGAUUUACUCAGCUACUACGUCUUAAAAGUCAUCAGAUAAUACACAAUGGAGGGAAGCCUGUUUGUGCGUUAAAUGUGAUUGUCAAAGAGGAGGAGGUUGAGAGGGAAAUCAAAGAGGAGGAAAAGCGAGAAGUUGAGGAAGAGGAGGACAAUAGUAGUGUAGUUGACCCAGAUACACCAAGACUGCCUGAUCGUGGUCGUUACCCUUGCCAUCAAUGUGGGAAGAGUUUCCGUUCCUCAAGUAAUCUAAAGAAUCAUCAAAGAGUACACACCGGAGAGAAACCUUACCACUGCUCCCAAUGUGGGAGGGGUUUCAGUGAGAAGGUAAAUCUUAAGAGACAUGGCAAAGUACAUAGUGGAAAGAAGCCUUAUCACUGCACCCAAUGUGAGAAGAGCUUUAAUUAUUCAGGAAGCCUUAAGGAACACCAGAGAAUACAUACAGGGGAGAAGCCUUACCACUGCUCUCUAUGUGGUAAGAGUUUCAGUCAGCCAGGAAACCUUAAGAAACAUCAGAGAAUACAUACAGGGGAGAAGCCUUACCACUGCUCUCUUUGCGGUAAGAGUUUCAGUCAGCCAGGAAACCUUAAGAAACAUCAGAGAGUACAUACAGGCGAGAAGCUUUACCACUGCUCUCACUGUGGGGGGGGUUUCACUCAGCUAAGAAGUCUUAAAAGUCAUGAAAAAAUACACAUUGGAGGGAAGCCUGCCUGUGCUUUUAAUGUGAUUGUCAAGGAGGAGGAGGAGGAGGAGGAGGAGGAGGAAGAAAAGAAAGAAGUUGAGGGAGAGGAGAGUGACGUGAAAUAAAGGCGAAGUGAGAAUAGAUGAGCAACUCUAUAGUUAUUUAAAUUCACACAUAUCCCUGCAAUUGCAUCUUCUGUGACGGCAUGGUCAUGGGCAGCAUCAUUUGAGUUUUAAAAAUCUGUAAGGGGUUUUCCUGCACAACUGUAAAAUCAGACUGUCGCCUUGUCACUGCCAGGUCAGCAGUCGGGGUAAUUCCGUAACAUAAUAGUGUCAUCCGUAUUUAGAUGAGAUCGAGACAAGAUCGUUAACAACUAUAGUGGUUGCUGUAAUAGUGCUAUUCCCAGGCCUAAAGCCUGAUUAGUUUACGUUAACAAUACAUGUCUCAUUGUAAACCAGGUUGCCAGUCCGGGCCUAAGCCUGUGUUCCUGGCCUUGACCCAAGCAUCAUUUAUUUUUAUGAAUUAUUUCUGAACAAGAUCCCUCCUCCUAAUGUGCUACAGUGUGUACAGUCUGAACAGGAUACUACCUCCUAAUGUACUGCAGUGUGUAUACUCUGAACAGGAUACCACCACCUAAUGUACUGCAGUGUGUAUAAUCUGAACAGGAUACCACCUCCUAAUGUACUGCAGUGUGUACAGUCUGAACAGGAUACCACCACCUAAUGUACUACAGUGUGUACAGUCUGAACAGGAUACCACCUCCUAAUGUACUGCAGUGUGUACAGUCUGAACAGGAUACCACCUCCUAAUGUACUGCAGAGUGUACAGUCUGAACAGGAUACCACCUCCUAAUGUACUACAGUGUGUAUACUCUGAACAGGAUACCACCUCCUAAUGUACUGCAGUGUGUACAGUCUGAACAGGAUACCACCUCCUAAUGUACUGCAGUGUGUAUACUCUGAACAGGAUACCACCUCCUAAUGUACUGCAGUGUGUAUACUCUGAACAGGAUACCACCUCCUAAUGUGCUACAGUGUGUACAGUCUGAACAGGAUACCACCUCCUAAUGUACUGCAGUGUGUAUACUCUGAACAGGAUACCACCUCCUAAUGUACUGCAGUGUGUAUACUCUGAACAGGAUACCACCUCCUAAUGUGCUACAGUGUGUACAGUCUGAACAGGUACAAAGACAAGGUUGGUAAUUUACUGCUACCUGCAGUUAUGGAAUGUUAUCUCAGGACUAUAAAUUCAUUGGUUGACUCCUCCUGACCUGGAUGGAAUUAUACGACCUGGAUAUAGUGCACUACAUUUGACCAUGAUUUUGGAAUGAGAUGUUGGACGAGCAGGUGUCACACUACAUCGGUUACCACUACAAACGUAUCUUCCUCUAUCUACUACCAAACAGAGAAACACUCCAUUUUCACAUCUGCUGAUGUUGGGUUGGUGCUUGAGGUUAUGAACAUGUAGUAGAAUGUUUUUGAAAUGUCCCUUUAAAGGUAUGUAUGCCCAUGUACACGACUAACAUUUACAUGUAAAACAGUUGACAGUAGCAUAAUCUAUAUUUGACUUGAAUUUGAGCUGAAUACUGGGGCUGAGUCUACAUAUAGUACAUACUGGGACUAAGUCUCAUAUAGUACAUACUGGGACUGAGUCUAUAUAUAGUAUAUACUGGGACUGAGUCUAUAUAUAGUGUAUACUGGGGGCUGAGUCUAUAUAUAGUAUAUACUGGGGGCUGAGUCUAUAUAUAGUGUAUACUGGGGGCUGAGUCUAUAUAUAGUAGACACUGGGGGCUGAGUCUAUAUAUAGUAGAUACUGUCUAUAUAUAGUAUAUACUGGGGCUGAGUCUAUAUAUAGUAUAUACUGGGGCUGAGUCUAUAUAUAGUAUAUACUGGGGCUGAGUCUAUAUAUAGUAUAUACGGGGGCUGAGUCUAUAUAUAGUAUAUACUGGGGCUGAGUCUAUAUAUAGUGUAUACUGGGGGCUGAGUCUAUAUAUAGUGUAUACUGGGGCUGAGUCUAUAUAUAGUAUAUACUGGGGACUGAGUCUAUAUAUAGUAUAUACUGGUGCUGAGUGUCCCAAAUGGCGCGCUAUUCACCCUGAAGUGCACUACUUUCGACCAUGGGCCCUAUUCUGUAGGCACUACAUUUGACUAUGGGCCCUAUUCUGUAGGCACUACAUUUGACCAUGGGCCCUAUUCUGUAGUGCACUGCAUUUGACCAUGGGCCCUAUGGGCUAUUCUAUUGAAUACAAAAUAAAUCCAUAGACUCCAGUAGAAUUCAGUUGUGGAUAUUUUUUAUACCUGAUUAAACUCAGUAGAAGGGCUGGUUUCUAUUGACAUAAAAUGUAUUGUUAUGUCAUGAUCUGGAUGGAACCGGUGUUUUUUAGAAUAUUGUUCUGUUCCGGAACAGUAUAGAUCCCUUUCGUUGUCAGUUCUGGUUCUGUUCCUUGAAAUUCCGGUUUUCUUUUCUGUUCCCUGAACUGGUUCCAACUCCUGGUUUAGAAUAUUUUAAAGUAUCCAUUAAUUAAAUAGUAAAUGCUAACAAACUGUAAUCUUCUUCUUCAUCAAAGGUGGAUGAUGUUGGUAGAUUGUCUUUAUCCAUGAAAAGUCAGUAUUGUAUCAUGGUGAUGAUAAAUCACAAGAAUAAAAGAUGCCAGACAUUAAUUGUUGGAAUAAUAUAACAUCACACUGCAGGCCUGUGUAGGAUGAUCUACAUUACACACGGUCUCUUCUCUACUCGUUCAUCUGCCCAGAGAAGAGGCUACUCUGGUGAAUGUCUGUGAUGAAUAAAGAGUGGUGCUCGUUUAAUAAAGUUAGAUCAACGCUUAAUAAAGUUAGAUCAACGCUUAAUAAAGUUAGAUCAACGCUUAAUAAAGUUAGAUCAAAAUCACAUUUUCGAGCUCUACCCAGUAGAUUUUGCGGUGACGUAGUGUCCCCAUGAGUGACAGAACACUGAGCCAAUCACGGAGCAACUAGAGAACAUUACCAAACCCCUAUGCUUCGUAUUUUCCGCUGGCUGCCCCACCACCACAGAAGGCACUGAGCUGAAACACCUGCAUUUUGGAGCUGCCUUACUCAAGAAAGCAAAACAAGAGACCAAGUUUGUACGUGGCUUUAUUAACUCAAUGUUUUAUUUAUGUAUUUUACAUUGUUUGCAAACUGAAAUGUGACAUGUAUUUAAUGCCAAAAUAACAUGCAAAACAGGCAACAAUAAAAACAAAUAUAUAUACAUACA